AUGGAGGAAGAGGGAGUGGAAUCGAGGAGAAGUAGGAAGGAGCAAGAAAGGGAGAGGCGUCGUCUAAGAGACAGAGAAAGAAGACAAUCUAUGAGCCAAGAGGAGAGGGAGAGGCAUUUGGCUCGGCGCCGCAAAAACUACCAGCUUCGAAGGCAGAGAGCUGAGAUUGGCCGUAUCGGCUCACAGGUCCAAGCUAUAACCGGAGGGAACCAAGAAGCACCACCGACCUCACCUCCUGAUUCCGGAACCAGCAGUACUCUCCCGUUCGUUGAGUCUGAUCAGAGUGUGGGAAUACAAGUGGAGGAUAUGGCUAAACUGAUGGGGACAAUACGGCUUAGCCGAAUGAAACAUCUUGCGAGGACAUUGAGAAAGUCUAGUGCUACUACUGGUGCAGAGGCAAGCAACAAAGGAGAAACAGACGCAAAGACAAGACGUGCAAUGUUGAGUGGGCUACGUCUUAGUCGAGUGAAACGACUGGUGAGAUCAAAGGGCAAGCAGGAGGUGUUGUUGUUGUCACAACAAUGUCAAUCACAAGGACUUCAAUAUGUUGAACGAGAGCCUCAUAUCAAUUAG